AUGGAGGAGGCCAACAGUCAUUCCGUCGUGCUGCACGUCUACGAUCUCUCGCACGGCUUGGCGCGGCAGCUGUCGCAGACCCUCCUGGGGACGGCGAUCGACGCGGUGUACCACACGGGCGUGGUGGCGUACAGCACCGAGUACUGGUUCGGCGCCGGCAUCCAACGCGGCGUGCCCGGCCGCACCGACUUCGGGCCGCCCAUGGAGGCGAUCCGACUGGGGUGCACGGAGAUCCCGCGCGACCUCUUCGAGCAAUUCCUGGCGGACAUCAGCGCCAACUACAGCCCGCAGCGCUACAGCCUGCUGUCGCACAACUGCAACCACUUCAGUGACGAGGUCGCGCACUUCCUGCUGGGCCGCGGCAUCCCCGCGCGCAUCCUCGACCUCCCCCGCCACGUCCUCACCAGCCCGCAGGGCGCCCUGCUCGGUACGUCGCUGCUGCCUCGCUCUCGCCCACACCUUCUCCUGAUUCGUCCUUUCUGUCCCGUGGUGUUCAUGUUAUGCUCGUUGGGCGGGCUGGCUGCCAGUGAGGCUGCUGCUGCUGCUGUCAGGAGAGUUGUGGCCCGCCAUAGCCUCACUGCUGCUGCCGCUGCUCAUGAUGCUCCCUAG